AUGUUUCUUUCCAUUCAGCUUCAGCAUCGGUUAUGGUUAUGUAAUGAAGAGUGGAAUGAAGAGUUUGUAACUCCUACAUGGUUUGGUUAUUUAUGGUAUUGGUUGGCUACACUUUUCUGCAGUAUCAUACCAGUGUUCAAUAUGGCAAGACCAUUUGCAAAAAUAUGUGACAUCAAUGACAGCAAAGAACUUUGGAAAGUUUCUGUUCGUGUGCACCACAAAUGGACAGUUGUUUCGAACAAGAGGGAGCAUUUUGAGAUGAUUUUUGUUGAUGUAUCGGGUAGUGACAUACAUGUUGUUGUUCCUGCACCGCAUGUAUCUCUUUUUUCUGAAAAAAUGGUCUUGGAUCAUAGUUACACUGUUUCCAAUUUUAAGGUUCAGGCUAAUGUUGCGGCUUUCAGACCUUCGUCUCAUAAGUUUAUGUUGAAGUUUACUACUGGCACUACGGUUACGGAUGAUAACAACGCUGAAAUACCUCCAAAGUCGUUGGUGUUUACUAAAUUUACUGAUAUAAUAAACGGCAACUUUAACAAGGAUGUGCUAAUAGAUGUCAUUGGUAUGGUGGAAAGUAUUGGGUAUUCACAGACCACAUCAGGUGCCCGGAAGCAGCAGAUUAACAUGAUGCUGCGUGACGGGGGUGAGAAUACUAUCAAUUGCACGCUUUGGGAAUCCUAUGCUGAACAAUUCAUGAAGUUCAAGCAGGAGCGCGGAGAUGAUUCUGGUAAGUUUCCACUGUCUGUGACAAACACGUUUAAUGUUACCGUCCUUGGUCUGAAUACUGAUUUACUGCCGAUGAAAGAGUUUAUAGAAAGUUUUCCGAAGGAUUCCAUGAUUACGUUGUCUGGCCAGGAGGGUUCCAAUUCACAGCUUUCAGCACAGAACUCUGAAAAUCAACAGAUGACUCCUGUACAGAAAUUGCUUUCAAAGGUUGUUGUAAUGCCUAUUGGGGAUAUUAUAAAACUCAGAACUGUAUGUUUGGAAGUUGUUGGCCAUUUAUUCUGA